GUUGUGAAAAUUUAGAUUAAACAUCAAAUACGAUUUUUUCUACAAUAUAUAAAUGGCAACAAGUGAUGUAUAUAAAUAGAUAAUGUGAUACACUAAACAUUUAUUGGAUAACAAUUUUGGAUAAUUUAUUAAAUUUACAAAAAAUUCCACAAAGAAAUCUUUGGAAAAUAUUAUAAUCACAACAUCACAUUCAUAUGCUAUAUGGGUUCACUAACCGUCACUAAAUGUUGUAUGCAAUUUGAUAGCACUGGAGGUGAAAUUUUCCAUCGCAACGAACAACAACCACCAAUUAAAUCCAACCAACAACAUCGCUUCCAACAAAAAGUCUUUCCAUCUGCACUUUUUUUCCAACUUGCAACUAACAAAUUUCAAUAACAAAAUAGCAAUUUUACCUCCGCAUGUGUAAUCGGUAGUUGCACCACACGAAAUCCAAAACACCAAACAAAACCACCCAACUCAAGCAACAAAGCAAAAAUUAAAAAUAAAACCUGAAUCACUGAACUGACGACAAGUUUAAAACGACUACAUAGCCGACUACGACGACGCCGCCGCCGAGGAGGAUCAACUCACUUAACAUCAAAACGCGAACACGACUUACCAUCAUACCACCAGCACGAGAUAUCCCCAAGACCAGGUACAAAUCAGUGCAAGUGGAAACGUUAGUUGCACCUCAACUGGGUGCUAUCAUCAUCAUCAACAACAGCGAGUCAAGUCCAUUGACUCUGUGGUCUAUACAGUGCUCUUGGCCAGAGCUAGCUUAAGAUCAAGAUCAAUAUCAAUAUCAACAUUAACAUCGCGAUACCUGAACAAGUGCUGCCACUAAUAAUUGGUUUUUCCCCUGUUACCAGUUGGGCCAUGAAACUAUGACGAGCAUCGAGGAAGGAGUUCUUGAGCACGAAUAAACGGAAACGUUAUGAACUGGUGCGCACCAUCACUUACAACACUCAAAAUCUCACAAAAUUGAAUCGAACCCUUAAGACGCGCGCCGUCGCCGUACUACUACUACUCUAUACAACACUCCUCAACUGACCUCGAUGUAAGAUGUUAGAAUCCAACAAAUGGCGUUUCCUAACAAUUGUUGCCGGUCUGAUAUUAACCAACGCAAUCGACAGUCCCGUGCGGACGGGUCAAAUCCGCUCUCUUGCCGACCACAGCCAGUACCAGCGAGCUGCCAGUGGCCAAUCUCAAAGUACUCCCUGGUUGACUGGUGGGACACAGCGGUCAGCUAGAAAUCUUUACGCCCCAUUCAAUGUCUUCCCCAAAGUGGAUGACGUGAGCUUCCCUCGCAUGCAUCGCAGAUCCGACGGAAGCGUUGUCCAGUCCUUCGGAGCCUACCGAAAUGGCAGAAGUGCCCAGCGGAGGUCUGACGAUGCGUCACAGAUUGUGUUCCAACAAUCGCCAGAGAACCAGACGAAAACCGGAAGGAGCUACGUCUACAUUCCCCUAGCGCAGGGUGGUCACAAUGAGGCCUUGCCAAAGCGGAAUAUCACUUUCGGACAGAUUCGACCACCGACGAUGGAUGACCAGGUCCCAGUAGAGGGCUUCAACGGUGAGUUGUUCGUCAAUGAAAGAACAGAACGAAGUCCCCAAUCGGAAGAUAAGAUCGACGUCGAUGACUUGUCAGGGCGUCGCAUAGGCUUCCAAUUCCCCAACAGCUAUAGCCUUAACACUGACUUCCCCUUCCACCCACAAGGCUAUCGCGAAGACAAUCCCAUUUUCACUGACAGCGGAUCAUAUGAGCGGCCUUACAGCGAAGAAAACCUUGAUGGCUCUAACAGCGGUCAUACCGUAGAAUUCCCUGGCUCGAGUGCCAAUUCAAAACCCUACUCCGGAAAGUUGUACCGUGAUGAGGUCACAAAGUUCGGGGACGUCAAUGGUCCCAUUGCAGCCGCGCCGCGACCUCAACGAGGUAUUUUCUUCGGUGAUAGUGAGCGUGACCAUCGGACGGGACCACGUCCCUUCGCUCCACCAAAGAUAUUCACCGAGUACAAUGACUUCGGUAAUGACUAUGCCGGAUCACGGAAGUCCCGCUACUAUCCUUUCAAGUCGUCGCGAUCUCCCCGGGUGGUGUUCCCCGUGAAUGACAAUCUCGGAACGACGAGCACGAGUGGCAGCGGAGCGUACUUUAGCGACAACGUGGCCUUUAGAGAUCAGAACUUUGGCUUGAAUGAGUUGUCGGCCAUUCAAGAGGUGCGCAAUGAGUUCGGACUCCAAGAAAUAGAUGGGGUUAGUGUGGACAGCGAAAAUACUGGAGCCCAAUCGGCCAGCACUUUCAAGGAGAAAGUUGAUACGAGUACUGAUUUAGAAUGUCAAGGCCGCGGUGGUACUUGUGAGUUCUUUUUGGGUUGUUGGAUGACAGGUGGUCUCCUGCAAGGGACCUGCGAUGGAAUAUUGCGUGGAUGCUGUCAUCGGACAGCAAAAUCGACAAAUUUAAAAACCUCCGAAUAUGUUAGUUCGACUGUUGAUUUGACAAAUCUUCCAAACAAAAACUAUGGACCAGUUUUGAAUGAUCCCAGUUGUGGUAUAUCAUUGGCUAAACAAGCUGCCCAACGUCGAAUUGUGGGUGGUGAUGAUGCUGGAUUUGGAUCUUUUCCAUGGCAAGCAUAUAUUCGAAUCGGAUCUUCAAGAUGCGGCGGUUCGUUGGUAUCACGAAGACAUGUCGUCACCGCUGGACACUGCGUGGCUCGUGCCACACCGCGUCAAGUGCAUGUAACACUGGGCGAUUACGUGAUCAAUUCAGCGGUUGAGCCAUUGCCAGCUUACACAUUCGGGGUAAGGCGCAUCGAUGUUCAUCCGUACUUCAAAUUUACGCCGCAAGCAGAUCGCUUCGAUGUUUCCGUAUUGACACUGGAAAGACCGGUCCACUUCAUGCCGCAUAUUGCUCCAAUAUGCUUGCCAGAGAAAAACGAAGACUUCCUGGGAAAGUUUGGAUGGGCUGCCGGAUGGGGUGCUCUCAAUCCUGGAUCGAGGCUAAGGCCAAAAACUCUGCAAGCCGUAGACGUUCCAGUCAUAGAGAAUAGAAUCUGCGAGAGAUGGCAUCGCCAGAACGGGAUAAAUGUUGUUAUUUAUCCCGAGAUGUUGUGUGCCGGAUAUCGUAAUGGUGGCAAGGACUCCUGCCAAGGAGACUCCGGUGGACCGCUAAUGCAUGAAAAGAAUGGUCGAUGGUAUUUAAUUGGUGUGGUCUCAGCAGGAUACUCGUGUGCAUCACGUGGCCAGCCAGGAAUCUAUCAUCGGGUGCCGUUUACAGUCGAUUGGAUAUCAUAUGUCGUUGGACUGACAACACAGCUCUAAAAUGAUAGAGCUGAUGAAGAACUUAUCUGAUGUUGUUAUUAUUUAUUUUGUUAAAUGAUUAAUUUAAUUCUAUAAUUUAUUCCAAAAGUGUCCUUUUUCUGUACUAAAUAGAUAGAAAAACAAAAAACAAAACUCCAUUGUGACUUCAUAAUGUCUGAUACUAAAAUGGUUCUUAUCUCCCUUUAAGUUUAAAUUAUUUUAAUGAUUUCGUUAAAUAAAAAAAAACUUGUAAAUACUUUGUCUUCAAAAAACUAUAGAUACACCUAAUCAAAGUUAGAUUAAACAAAACAACAAAAAAAACUAAAAAUGUUAUCCUAAUUGUGAU